AUGUCUCUUUCCACCUAUGUCUCUCUCUCAAUAUCUAUCUAUCUAUCACGUUCUGUUCAUAUCUAUCUAUCUAUCUAUCUAUCUAUCUAUCUAUCUAUCUAUCACGUUCUGUUCAUAUCUAUCUAUCUAUCUUUCACCACUCUCUCUUGCUCUAUAUCUAUAUACACGUCUCUAUCCAUUCCUUUCCACGAAUCUAUCUAUCUAUUUGCUCAUUUCUCUCUCUCUCUCUCUCUCUCUCUCUCUCUCUCUAUCUAUCUAUCUAUCUAUCUAUCUCUUUCUGCGUGUCUAUCCUCCACAACUUUUUUAGAGUCGGUGAAAGAUUUCAUUAAACAGAAACUGCAAUGUGAUCCAGAUAUGAAAAUUUUUAUCUAUAUAUUUAUUCUUAUGUGUCUGUUUUUGUUUGCUCAUAUCUAUCUAUCUAUCUAUCUAUCUAUCUAUCUAUCUAUCUAUCUAUCUAUCUAUCUAAAUCAUUUCGCGUUAUUUUUAAUUAAAACGCUUGUCUCCACUUGUUCUUCUCAAUCCUUAGGCGCAAAAAAUUUGUCAGAUUAA